GGUAGCCUCGCUCGAUUAUUGACGACACACAUUCUCUUUCUUUGCCUUCACGACACGUCCACGCAUCCUACAACGACUCCGGAAGUCGCCACUGGCACUCCGCUAAUAGCCAAUCAAGUCAUCACCGACUAUAUAUCCAGCAUGCGUUUCUCAACCUUCCUGUCGCUCAUCCUCGUGGCCGCCGCCGCUCCGUCCGCCAUCGUAGCUCCCCCCAUCCCCGACACGUCUAGUGAUGCUCAACUUUCUGACGACGUCGCAUCAGAAAGCGCUGCUGCCCAGGCUACAUUUGAUCUUCAUGCGAGGGAGGCCCGCCAGUACGGGUCGGUCAUGGCGUACUAUCGUGAGCUGGACAGGAUGAAGGCCAGAGCGGCGGGCACAGCGGAGUAACGGCAGCAGAAUCGGGUGUAAACACAUGCAAGCUGUCAUGGACUGACCAAGGCAGCGAAAAGACUGCGUGGGCCCUUGCGAUCGCCUCACAACUCAGCAAAGAGCCGUGACCCAGCUUUAGGGGCGCGCUGUAGAGAUUCCGCCCUUGAGCGUCGAAUCGGCGUGAUGGCACUCGUUAUUGACGACGUCGGGAAUGGGAAGCACUACUAGGCUGAGGACGAAGUCUCUGGUGGGCGAUCCGAUGGUAUGGGCCUACGACCGACGUUGCGACGAAGC